CUAACCCACUUGUUGCACAAACUUGCAAUCUUUCAGCAGAAUAUCUCAAAAAGAAGUACCGGUAGUAUGAAUUGCUAGUGUAAUUUAAGAGGAUUAACUUGACUGCUAUUAUGUUACCACACCGACCACAACGCAGCGUGACGUGUCUAUACGGAACCGUACAACAGGUAAACAAUCGGAUCAAGUAUACAAGAAUUCCCCUUAUUCUGCGUUAGGAAUUUUUAUAAGGCGUCGUCCAAAGGGUCAUAAUCAAGGAGCCUGAAACUUGUGCUACCCUGGUACUAUCACUAAUUAACAUUCGUUUUAGCUGGACGGCAGUACCACUAAUUAAUCAACCCCCAACGGCAGAGUUGUUUACCGACGGCUGAUGACCCACACAUGCGACGCAAUGAGUGGUUUGAACUGAAUCCAUAAUAUGCAACUGAUGCAUACUGUUUCAAUAUGCGAUCAAGAAGGUGCACAUGGAGUCAGGGAUUUAUAACAUUUGUUGAUUGGCUGUCCACAAUCUGGGCUUCCAACAGCUAUCGCCGGAAAAGAAGGACGACAGAAAUAUUUGUCACAUUUAAGAGAGGGUUUAGAACCAAACACCAAGGCAACCGAGGAGAAGAAAAAGAUACACAAAAAGGCUUCUGUUGCGACAGAAUGUUAUUCAGAACAUUCUGAUUUUAUUCCUUCUAACAGGACGGCAGUACCACUAGAUAAUCCCCAACGGCAGAGUUGUUUAUUGAUGGCUGAUGACCCACAUGGGAGCCAAUGAGUGAAUGAGAUCCGUAUCCACAUGGUGUACUUCAAAUCUGCGUGCACAGGGAUUAUAUGUCUGUUGAUUUGGUCGUCCAUGGUCCAGCUUGGAACAACUAUAUUACUACGUCAUGCUUGGUCUCGAGUUCUCGAGGGCUGUUCUUGUUAUCAGGCCGGCGGCCGGCGUUACGUCUCAGCCAGACGCAUCCGCUUGACCGCAACCAAGCAAGCAAAGCCAUAUUCCUCACGCAAACGAACGAUCUUUGAUUUCCUGGCGCACGUACGGAGAUUUUCCCACCAGGAAAUAAAGGUAUUAACUCGAUCAUCAGCGUCAACUCCCGCUAUGCCUAAAUGUCUUCCCCAUUUAUUAAGAGGACCUGUCUGUCCUGCGCUGUGUCCAUCUCUCUGUUGUCAGUUGUCUGCCUCGGCUAGCUUUUGUCCUCUGCCCUUCUUCCUCUUCCUGCACAGGGAAUUGGCUGCCGAGAGAGAGAUGGUGAUGAUGGGGCAGCUGGGGAGGUUCGUGGACGGCAUCAAGUCCAAGCUGCGGGCCGGCGGCGGCGGGAAGAACGGCAAGAAGGCUGCGGCGGCGGCGGCGGCGUAUGACAAGAUGGGAAAGACGGACAGCAUGAGGGUGGAGAUCAGGAGCCGGCAGGCGCAGAAGCUCAUCGCCAAGAACCUCGUCGCCGCAGACUCCAUCGGCCGCAGGAGCAGGAACAAGCGCUUCUUCCUCGCCUUCUGAUCACCAGAGUCCAGAGGCUCAUAGCAUGAUAGCACAAGUUAAUUCAAGAGAGCUGUCGUAGUUAACAUGUGAACCUAUUUUAGGCGAUAGUACGACACGGAUUGACAUUCCUUGUAAGAAACAAACCAUCAACAAACAUGAACCAAAGUGAUCUCAGGAAGCUCUCUGCUCUCGCUGAUCAGUGAUCAUGGAUGUAAUCCAAUAUAUUGCCUCCGUCCCAUAUUAAGUGACUUUUUAUUAUGUAUCUAGACGCUUUUUAGACAGAGAUACAUCCAUAUUUGGACAAUU